AUGUCCAUGAUAACGUGCGAGAAACUCAUGGGGGCUGAAAACGCUGCGAAGGUGGUGAUUCCAUCUAUGGACCCCUUCGACUACACCAGUACUCAGCAGGGCCUGGCGAUAGGGAUUGUUAUAGGUUUCACGGCUCUGGCGUUCGUUAUACUGUGUAUUAGAGUAGCGGGCAGGGUGUCAUCUCAUCAAUUCGCCUUAGAUGAUGCUUUAGUAUGCAUAGCUAUGGUACUAUCGAUACUAGAAACGGCGGCAAGUUAUAUGUACAUCAGAACGAAUUUCAUAGGGAUCAGAUGGCAGGAUAUUCCGCCUCAUGAUCCUGUACCGGGUCUGGUAUGGAAUUAUGCGAUUGAGAUUCUAUACAAUCCGAUCCUGGCGCUAGUGAAAACUUCGAUAUUGCUCUUCCUGCAGCGCUUAUUUGGGCAUCGACCCGGUGUGAGGCGGUUCAUCGUAUGGCUGAACAUAGCCAAUAUCGGAAUGAUGAUUGGGGUCUUCUUCGGCGUUAUUCUUCAGUGCAUCCCCAUCAGCAAGACCUGGGAGCCUACUCUGGAGGGGACAUGCAUUGACAGAAGAGUUCUGUUCACUGUCAUGUCGUCGUUCAAUAUCUUCACCGAUAUACUGAUGCUAGCGCUACCGAUGAGGAUAUUCAUCAGCUUGAAGAUACCGAAACGAACAAAGAUCGCUCUCAUGUUUGUCUUUCUGUUGGGAUUCCUAACGACUAUCACAAGCAUGAUCCGACUUGCUCUUCUCGUGCAAGGCCUAUUCAUGUUAAAAACAAGCCUGAAUCCGGACGCCAACAUCGGCUUCGUGAUAUCCGCCAUCGAGACCAAUCUCGCGCUCAUCACGGCCUCGGCGCCAGCAUUGAGGCCGUUACUCCGGACCUGGUUCCCCAAGAUGUUCCGCGUUGAGCGCGACGGGAUUACCGGGAACACGGAGCGCAGGGUGCUCGGCACGAUAGCGACGCGCAUGACGCGGCUCAAGUCGCAGACGCAGCUCCAGAGCCCGACGCAGCGGCAGAGCGAGGAGGCGGCCAUGCCGUUUAAUGGCAUUAUCAAGAAGACCGAUAUCGUCGUCCUGCGUGACAAAGGGGUGGAUAACUCGCGACCGUCCACGGCUCCUCAGGGCCUAGGGAGCCAGCAACAGACGGAGAAGUGGAUAUAG